AUGGAGCCUUCCACUGUAGAUAAGUUCGUCAAAGACGUGGGCCGUGGUCUCACCUCUUCCACGGAAAAAUGCGAGGCCUAUCUUCGCGAUCUCAGCAAGGUUCUGGACCUUCGAGGUCCAGUUCUCGUCGCCCGUCUCGUUGGCGCCAUGUGCAAGAGCCAUCUGCCGAACGAUGAGUUCAUUUGGAUGCCGACCUCGGACGUCCUUUCGAGCGGAUGGCCCAAGGAUCUUAGUUCUUCCUCACAACAAGAGGCAUUAGAGUGGAAUAUCGACGUUCUGCUUCGUUCGAUAGCGGCCAUCGAGCCUAAUCUCGAAUGGAAGGAUGUUUUGCGAGAGUUCGAUUAUCAGGGCUUCGGUGUUGGCGACCGCGCAGGUCUCCGGUUCCUUUGGCAGCUUCUCAUCAAGGCUUUUGACGGAGUUCAAAAAAUUCCCAUGGAUAUCGUCUACAGCAAGUGGCAAAACUCGGACUCUCAGCUCCAAAUACUGAAGCAGAUUCUGAUAAACCCGGAAAUUGUAAAGUUGACCGAGUGCUCUCCGUACACGAAGCCAGAGCCUGCCCAGGACAAAAACGGAUCUCAAAGCUCUACGAGUCCUGAUGAAGAAGCCACCAAUCCGCUCGUCGCCAACUGGAAAGUCCUGGAGAUUCACGAAGCUCUCAUGAAUAUCGGCGAGCGACCCGAAUUGACCAAGGCGGUUAUCGAACUCUAUAAACAAGCUGCUGCAAAGGAGGGCUGUCACGACAGUAUCACCCUUGCUCUUCUGCAAGUGCGGAGUCCGAUCGUUCCACUGAGACGAACACUGCUCCUCCAAUUGAUUCCUCACUAUCUCGGCGUCAGCGCUCACAACGCUCAGGCUGUCUUACACUACGCUUGGAACGGAAUCCCACCCCCGAUCCAGCAGGACCUGCAGAUGAUCGUGAAGGAUGCGAUGGUAGAUUACUACACGACGGGCGACGGCGAAACGCAGAGACUCACGAGGAUUCUGGAGCUCGCUCAAGAAAUCAAGUGUUUACAAACCCUGCUCGCAGUGCCCCGUUCGCCCGAUGUGGCCAACCAUCCGAGUGGACAAGCGAUAUUGACAUUCGCCAUCGAUCUGGCUUGCCUGGCGUCCCGGAGAGAGUACCUGAAGCUUGACAAGUGGAUGCUCGAUAACAUGAGCUCGAAUUGGGAGAUUUUCAUGAGAGCCUGCCUAAACUUCUUAUCCAUUAAAGUACCCUAUCUAACGAAACCUUCGGUGGACGCCACAACGCAUCUCAUCACUCAGGAAUGUGUUCAUACCAUGCUCAACACGCUCCUGAACCAAAUGAACGAUGACAAGAACAAGAUGCGUUGCACGGACAUUUUCGAGCAAGUCGUGCGGAUGAUGGAGAACUUCAAGCAGUACAUGCAGAGAAGACAACUCGGGGGACCGCCUGUCCCACCGCAAGUCGUGUUCGCGAUGCCUCCUGCGCUUCCGGCACCGGUGCAUUUGCCUCACAACCAUCUGAACCCCCAGCCCCAGCCACCUCAGGCCGGUGUUCAUAACCUGAGUGAUAUGGCGUAUCGCAACGCCAGCAUGCACUACCAGGCUGCUGGCCCGGUCGUGAACAAGGUAUUCCCGGGCGCUCCUGGCGCUGCAGCUCCUCCCGCUCUGAUCGCAGGCCCGCACGGAAUCGCUGCCGCGGCUCCUCCGCCUCCUCCGACGUCAUCCGACGAAUUCUUACAAACCGGCGACCUUAGUAAAGUGCACAUCUCGAAGGAUGUCGAAGAGGAGGCCAACCUGUAUUUUCAGCAAAUCUACAACCAACAGAAUGUACAGAACGAUUUGAUUCAGAAGUUCUUGGAUAUGCUUCGGAGGUUCAGCACCUCAACGAUCGCCAGCGAACGAGAUGUGUUCCAGUGCAUGAUCAAAAAUCUCUUCGAGGAAUACCGUUUCUUCCCGUCGUAUCCAGACAAGGAGCUCACCAUCACAGCUCAUCUAUUCGGUGGCAUCAUCGACUUCGAGCUCGUUCGUGGACCCACCCUGACCACGGCGCAGAGAUACAUCCUGGACGCGGUCAAGAAACCCCAGAACGUGAAAAUGUUCUUCUUUGCCAUCGUCGCUCUCGACAGCUUCAAGAGCAAACUCAGAAGUUUCCCAACUUUCUGUCAACACCUACACACGUGUCCUGCCUUCAACCUGUUCCCAGAUCAUCUACAGGUGUGGGUGGAGCACGGAGUCAAGCAAUUGGAACCGCCGAACAAACCACAAGGCACGAUGCCGACCUUGCAGUCGGGGAAGAUCACCCCGCAGCAGUCGCAAGUGGCACUGCAGAAGAAAGGUCCCGCGUUGCCCGUCAGGAAGCCGUCGAUCGCGACAGCGGCCAACAUCGAUACGCUGCUGUGCGCCUCGGAUAAGAUCGAGAAGAUCAUCCAGCCGUCCGAGCAAAUUCAGGACAAGGUCGGAUUUAUCAUAAACAACUUGUCUCAGGCUAACGUCAAGCAGAAGUCCGAGGAGUUCCGGGAGCUCGUCGGCGAAGAACUCUACCCGUGGUUUGCAAACUACAUGGUGGUCAAGCGUGCUUCGAUGGAGCAGAACUUCCAUUCGUUGUACGUGAACUUCCUCGACAACAUCAACUCGAAAACGUUGCAUGCUCUUACCCUGGCGGAAACCUAUCGGAACAUCGAUGUGCUCCUCCGCAGCGACAAAGCCUCGUCCAGCUACACCGACCGCUCGUUGUUGAAAAGUUUGGGUCAUUGGCUGGGCCUGCUGACAAUCGCUCGGAACAGACCCAUACUCGCGUUGGACAUCGAUCUGAAACUUCUCCUGGUCGAAGCCUACAACAAGGGACAGCAAUAUCUCUUGUACGUUGUGCCUUUCAUCGCGAAGGUCCUGGAGUCGGCGGUGAAAUCCACUAUCUUCAAACCGCCGAAUCCUUUCACAAUGGGCUUGCUGUAUUGUCUCGUCGAGCUUCACGACGUCCACGGUCUGAAAUUGAACCUCAGAUUCGAAGUCGAAGUUCUCUGCAAAGCCCUUCAGCUGACGACGAUAGCCGUCAAGAACGCGGCUGAGCGACGUGGCUGCUUCAACACCCUGAAAGACCACCUGAAGUCCGUCGACACGCCCCUGCUGGGUCCUCCAAUCUCCCACGGCCAGGGCGCGUCGCAAAUGGGCAAUCAACCUGCACUGACGAGCGGCCCGAACUUGAACCAUAUGGCCGGCAAGCCGACACCGAAGGUCAACGAUAUUCUUCCGAUGAUCCAACAGUACAAUCUGAAUGCGAAUAACGGAGGCAACAAUAUCGUCGCACCGGCGAACGCCCUUCACAAUGCCGGCAUGCCUGCUUCGCAAAGUGGGCCCUCCGAGGAGUUCCUGCAGCAGCAGCAGCAGCAACAACAACAGCAGCAGCAGCAGCAGCAGCAACAACAGCAGCAGCAGCAGCAGCAACAACAACAGCAGCAGCAGCAGCAACAACAGCAGCAGAUGGCUAUUCCAGGACCCCCUCAGGGUAUAAUGCCCAUGCCAGCGGGUCCUAAUGCGAUGCAGGCGCAGAUGGUGCAACAGCCGCAUCAGCAGAUGCCCCAGCCUCAUUAUUCGCUUCGGGAGUUCAACUCCGUCACCCCGACCAAUCUUCCGCAACUGGUCACGAUGCCGCCCAGUCCUCUGUUCCAACAAUUUCCUCCGCUCAAGCAGCAGAUCGCUGUUGCCGUGGAACGAGGUAUUCACGAAUGGAUUACGCCGGUCAUCGAUCGUUGCCUCAAGAUCGCGCUCGUCACUUGCGAAAGCAUCGUCAAGAAGGAUUUCGCCCUCGAACCCGACGAGAACAAGAUCCGUCUGGCUCUCCACAACAUGGUGCGUUCAGUCACUGCGGGAAUGGUCAUGAUAACCUGCAAGGAGCCGUUGUUCAUCACGAUCUCGACCAACGCGAAAACGCUCUUCAUCAGUGCACUCCGGUAAGCGAUAGAAUCCUCUGCAUCCUCCUCUCAGAUGCCAUGCCCAUCGAAAGAAAUGCUUGAGCAAGCCGCAAACGCCGUAGCGUUGGAGAACGUCGAGCUGGCGACUUGUUUCAUCCAGAAGUCGGCCAUCGAGAAAGCCAUAAGCGAAGUCGACAAGAAGUUCGCCCCCGAGUACGAGGCUCGGAAGGCUGCGCGUCGUGAGGGCAAGGUCUACUGUGACAACAACGUCCUCAACUACCAGGAUCGCAUGCCAGAGCAGUUGCGUCUCAAGUUGGGCUCGGUUCCUGCUUCGCAGAUGACCGUCUACGAGGAAUUCGCUCGCCACGUUCCUGGUUUCAUCACCAACAACGAACCGCGAGCUCCGUUCGGUCACGACAGAGCUGAGUACUUCAACCAAUUUGUGGGUCAACAGCAACCGGCUCAGCACAAGAUGCCGCCUCAACAACCUCAGCAGCAACCGCCCCAGGCGGCGCCGUCCCAACAGGCGCACCAUCCGCCGACUCCCCAACAAGCGCCGAACCAACCGCAGCCACAGCAGCAGCAGAUGGUCAUGCCCCGAACGAACGUCGAGGAAACGCUUUUCGACAAGCUGGCCAUCGAACUCGAGAUGUUGGGCACGUUCAUCUCGCGCGAGGCUUCCGGGGUCGCACUACUCGCCGCCCAAAUGAAUCCCGUCCUCAUGCACAUUCAUCUGGUCAAGGAGGCUCUGCAGCACUUCCGCAUGCAGGGAGACAUUCCAGCAGGGCUAAAUCUCGUCCACAAAGCGGUCGAGGCUCUGAUCGAGGGUCUGUACGCGUUCAGCCAUGCCUCGGAAACGCAUCAGCAGGAGUGGCAGCCGAAGUUUCGCGACACGCUGCUCAUGGUCCUCCAGGCCCUCUCAGAGCGUCAUUUCCUUGGACAGAUGAAAGUGUGCAACAUGGUGACGAAGAUUUACAUCGAACACCCCAACGACGAAGCGCGAUUCUACAUGCCGACCUUCGAAUUCCUGCUCAGAGCGAGCUUCCUCAAUCUGCCCAUGUUGGACCUCCAUCUGGGCUCGAUGCUCGAGUCGUCAGGCUCCCUGAGCGCAUUGGAGUUCGUCCGGGACCUCGGCCGCAUCCUUGAGGUCUUCCGCGACACUGGUCUGGUUUCGAACGCCAGCUUGAGUCGCACGAUGGAGUUCAUCUAUCAAAACCGACGCGGUCCGCCUCAGCAGCCGCCGCCGAACCAGCAGAUCAACCCCAUUGAAGAAUUCGGGGCCGGUUCGAGCGCGCCCCCCGAAAUCCUGAUGAGCCAGCGAGGGAAUCUCGGAGGACCGACCCAAAUCGAAUACAACAGCCCUUCGAUUGCGAUGAUGCACGCCGGCAUGAGCGAGGCUCGCAACCAAGACGAUCCACCGGGUCUCCAAGAGAAAACCGAAAGUCUCCUGCGCGAAUGGGUGCAUCGCUUCGGGUCGAGCCAAGGCAAAGAUUCGACACAAGCCUUCCAGCAGUUCGUAGCACAAAUGAACUCGCACGGGAUCUUGAAGACAGAUGAUCUCAUCACCAAGUUCUUCCGGCUGGCCACCGAAAUGUGCGUCGAACACACCUACCGUCAAACAGCUUUGGCAACUCAGCAGGUUGCGAACCAUGCCGCCAUGUCAUCGGCCCAGCCGCAGGGCGAGAAUGUCAACGUGGCUAGCGUGAUAUCUGCGCAGAACGCCUCGGCUAUGGGCGCCCACCAAACGGUGAACGUGGCCCGCAACAAGUGCUUCGUGUUCCUUGACGCCUACGUCCGUCUGAUUGCUCUGCUCGUCAAACUGAGCGGAGACCAAGCUAAUAGCCAGACCAAGGUGAACCUGCUGAACAAGGUGCUUGGUAUCAUCGCGGGAGUCCUCGUCCAAGACCACGAAUCGCGCGCAGGGGAGUUCGUCCCGUUGACAUACCAUCGCAUCUUCCUCAUGCUUUUCCUCGAGCUCACUGCCCCAGAGCCCGUCCUCGAAACCUUCUCCUAUCAAACGCUGGUGGCCUUCUGCAACACCUGGCACGCCCUCCAUCCGUCGAAGGUUCCGGGAUUCGCGUUCGCGUGGCUGGAGCUGAUUUCCCACCGCGUAUUCCUGACCCGCAUGCUUGCCAUCACACCUCAGCAGAAGUGUUGGGGCAUGUUCGCCCAACUGCUCCAAGACCUGUUCAAAUUCCUCGCGCCCUUCCUGCGCAACAUGGAGCUCGCGGCACCGAUCCACCUGCUGUACAAGGGAACCGUCCGAGUGCUCCUGGUGCUUCUUCACGACUUCCCCGAGUUUCUGGUCGACUACCACUAUGGAUUCUGCGACAUCAUUCCCGCGAACUGCGUGCAGAUGCGCAACCUCAUCCUGUCGGCCUUCCCGCGCCACAUGCGUCUACCGGAUCCUUUCACGCCGACGCUGAGAGUCGACACCCUGCAGGACUGUCACACGAACCCGAGGAUCCUGCCCGACUUCGUGCUGGUCAUCCAACCGCUGUCGCUGCGUAAAUCCAUCGAUUCCUACAUGAAGAAUCGACAGCCUGCCUCGGUGGUGACCGAUCUCAUCGAGGCCUUGAAGAGCGGUCCUCUCGACCAGGGUUCGAAGUACAACAUCACUUUCAUCAACGCAGCCGUUCUCUACAUCGGCACACAGGCGAUUUCGGUCGUUCAACAGCUGCAGUCCUCGCCGCAGUACCAAUUCGGUGACAGCAGUCGACCUACUCCUAAGGGCUCAGGUCUUCAAGGACCCGUUUCGAUGACAUGGCAGGGCGUGUCGCGCACGCCACACUUCGAAUUAUUCGAGCAGUUGAUGGCCGAGCUCGAUCAUGAAGGCGUUUACCUCGUGUUGAACGCAAUCGCGAACCAGCUUCGCUUCCCUAACUCUCACACCGCGUACUUCAGUGCUUUGAUGUUGGCUCUGUUCGCCGACAGAGAGAACAAGGACGAGGAUCCUGAGAUGAAGAGCAUCAGCAACAACUCCACGGCGAACCAUCUUCGUGAGCAAAUCACUCGUGUUCUUCUCGAGCGACUGAUCGUAAACCGUCCACAUCCCUGGGGAUUGCUGGUGACAUUUGUCGAGCUCCUCAAGAACCAGCAGCUGAACUUCUGGAAAUAUGAGUUCAUUCGGUGCGCACCGGAGAUAGAAAAACUUUUCGACUCCGUUGCCAGAUCCUGCGUUGGUCAGGGUAAACCCGCAGGACUCGACUAACGCGCAUCGAUAAACAAGGAGUUCGCACCUGCACCCUCAGGAAGGGAUUGAGCACGUUCACCAUUCACGCAUCUUUUUAAACAAAAAACCAUUAUGUAAAAUGAGCGUCGAGAACGAUUUCAAGCUGUGCUAUUAGUAGAUGAAUGAUUUUUUUGUUCUUGAGAACCAUCGUCAAGCUCGCCUUGAAUCCGCAUGUGAAAUAUAGCUUCUACAAUAGGGUUUCGCCCUAUGUUUAAAGGACAUACCAGUGAUAGAGCUGGUUUUCAACGGUCUCGGACUCAGUCAGGAUAACUUCAGCACUUCGUCAGCUAUCCUAGCCGAGUUCCAAUGGAUGCGUGCGCUGUGUUUGUGUCUUGCAGUGAAGCUGUGGACGAGUUGGGGGACUUGUUCACUGUUAACUGGCCCCGGGAUCGAAACGGCGAUGGUUAUAUAGAAUAUAUUCUUGCUUUGGAAAUUCUAUUCCUUAUAUGUAAUAAAUAUACAUACAUAGCUUUCUUUCACAACAAAAUA